AUGGCGCCGUACAACGAAGACGUGGAACUCAGCGCCAUCAAGAUCAAGGAAGACUCCCUCACGCUCGGGAGCAGCUACAGCAUGCGCCGCGAACCCGUCUACGACCCGAGCCCCGCGCCGGGAGUCUUCGCCCGCGUCUUCGAGAGCUUCAAGCGCGACCCGGGCCAGCUGACGGACGGCAUGCACCAACGCCAACACCGGGGCGGGUCGAGGAGCAACUCGUCCAUGGACCUGGACCCGGGCCACGAGCGCGUCUUCAACGGUGUGCAUUACUACGACAUCCGCCUUGCGAACCUGCAGACGUCCAAUACGCUGCUGAGCAGGAAGCUCAAGGGCAGACACCUACAGAUGAUCGCCAUCGGCGGCUCCAUCGGCACGGGGCUGUUCGUCGCCUCCGGGCAGGCGCUCGAGGUCGGCGGGCCGGCGUCUCUGCUGAUCGCCUUCACCCUCGUGGGCGCCAUGCUGUAUUGCACCUGUCAAGCCCUCGGGGAACUGGCUGUUGCGUUCCCUGUGGCUGGUUCCUUCUCCGCCUACUCCACGCGGUUCCUGGAUCCCUCGUGGGGGUUCGCCAUGGGAUGGAACUACGCUCUGCAGUGGUUGAUUGUUCUUCCGCUCGAAAUCAUCGCCGCCUCCAUAACAAUAACGUACUGGGACAAGCACAUCACCAAGGCCUAUUUCGUCACGAUAUUCCUCCUCGGCAUCAUCGCCAUCAACCUCUUUGGCGUCAAGGGAUACGGCGAAGCCGAGUUCCUGUUCUCCAUCAUCAAAAUCAUCGCCGUCAUUGGCUUCAUCCUGCUUGGAAUAGUUCUCAACUGCGGAGGAACCCCGGACUCGGGCUACAUCGGCGGCCAGUAUUGGCAAGACCCCGGCGCCUUUCACAACGGCUUCAAGGGCCUCUGCAGCGUCUUCGUCACCGCUGCCUUCGCCUUCGCCGGCACCGAGCUGGUCGGCCUCGCGGCCGCUGAGACGGCCAACCCGCGCAAGUCGCUACCGACCGCCAUUAAGCAGGUCUUCUGGCGCAUCACCCUCUUCUACGUCGUCGCCCUCACCCUCAUCGGCCUGCUGGUCCCCUACAACGAGCCCCGCCUGCUGGGCGCCUCCUCCUCCGCCGACGCCGCCGCCUCCCCCUUUGUCAUCGCCAUCGAAAACGCCCGCAUCGACGUCCUGCCCUCCGUCAUGAACGCCGUCAUCCUCAUCGCCGUCCUCUCCGUCGGCAACUCGGCCGUCUUCGGCUCCUCCCGCACCCUCGCCGCCCUCGCCGACCAGCACCAGGCCCCGCGCUUCCUCUCCUACGUCGAUCGCAAGGGCCGGCCCCUGACCGCCAUCGGCGUCGCCUCCGUCGUCGGCCUCAUCUCCUACCUCGCUGACCUCAAGAAGCAGGACCAGGUCCUCGACUGGCUCCUCGCCAUCUCGGGCCUCUCGUCCAUCUUCACCUGGUCCUCCAUCUGCCUUUGCCACAUCCGCUUCCGACGCGCAUGGGCCCGCAAGGGCCACGGCCUGCACGAGCUCGCCUUCCGCUCCCAAGUCGGCGUCCUCGGCUCGUGGUGCGGCCUCAUUAUGAACGUCCUCGUGCUCGUCGCCCAGUUCUGGGUCGGCGCCUUCCCCGUCGGCUACGAGAAGUGGACGCCCGAGGCCGUCGCGCGCAACUUCUUCCUGCGUUACGCCGCGUUCCCCAUCGUCGUCAUCAUGUACAUCGUCCACAAGCUCUACUUCCGCACUGUCGUCAUCCGCAUCGCAGACAUGGAUGUUGACACGGGCCGUCGGGACUUCAACCUCGGCAUCCUCGUCGCGCAGGAGCAGGAAGAGCGGCGGUCGUGGCCGAGGUGGAAGCGCGUGUACAAGUUUCUGUGUUAA